AUGAACACCUUGGCUACGGUAAAGGCAGCAGCUGUCGACGGCCGCCUUUCCAAUCCUUGGUGGCGCCAGUCUCAACUGCAGUCCCUUCAUCAUGGUCUGGUGCAAGCGUCGGAUGUGCUUAUCAAUGCGAUAUUGCAGGACUCUAACUUCAUUACACCCCCGGAAGCCCAUGUUGAGUUACACCUUGCUAUUAAGACUGUUGAACAUCAUUAUACCGCGUUGAAGCCGGAGAGCGAGGUGGAAGAUGAAUAUCGCAUCCUGCAAAGGGAUACACCAGAUAGGAGAGAAGCCUUUGGGAUCGCGGUCAUCGUCCCAACAUCACACACGUACCUUUUCUCCGUUGUAAGUGCGGUCUCCGCAGCGCUUGCGGCAGGAAACUGCAUAGUCUUAAAGACCGAGAAUCACCUAAGUCGCCUCCCUCACCUACUUCAGCAGAUUUUACGCCAGUCCUUGGAUGGUGAUAUUUUCGCAGCGGCUGUCAAGAUACCCGAGGAGGCGACCCACUCGUCACACCGCUGGCUGCAAGUACUCCAGAACGGACUAGGAAGUGGAUCAACAUCGGCAAAAGCAGCAAUUACUCCCUCGCCAAAUGGCAAUGCUUUAAUCUCUCCCGUACAGUCUCGGGUCGUUGCGGUCGUGGAUAGAACUGCCGAUACUGGUCAAGCCGCGAAAGCUUUGGUCACAGCUCGAUUCGCGUUCGGUGGUUCAUCGCCAUAUGCUCCCGAUCUCGUCCUGGUCAACGAGUUUGUCAAGACAAAAUUUGUCGAGGCCGUGGAACGCGAGGCGGCUCAUUACCUGAAUGCUGGUGGAAAUUCGGAAAAGACCGUCGAUUCCGGCACUUCCGUUGAACACCAGCAUGACCCAGGAGAUGUGUUUCGUCAAACAAUGGUGAAAUUGGAGCGUGACUCGAACGCACAGAUCCUGACGUCCGGCCCACGAGGAGCUGUCCUGGAAGUGAACAGCAGACAGUCAGCCCUGUUUCGCAGAAGGCUCGAUGACAGGGUGCUGGUCGUACAUGACAUAAGCAGCUUGGACGACGCUAUCGAUUCUAUCAACAUUAGCGAUUCCGAUGACGUCGCGGCUUUGUACGCCUUCGCUGAUGUGUCGUCAGCUAAGUAUCUGUGCCAGUUCAUACGAACUUCAGCGGCUUUCGUUAACCACAUACCCAUCGAACUGCUGGUUGGACCUGCGACACCGCUCAACCACCCGAUGUUGGUCUCACUGCGCUAUACUACCGAAUUUUUCAGUGUGCCACGCCCGCAGUACAUCUCGCCUCCGGCUGAUUCUGCUCGGCUACUGAGAAUCAUCGAACGUAACACUGAAGACAAGCAGGACCUGCUUGCCACGCUCAGCACAGGUUCGAAGGCCGCUUCUCACAGUCCAAACCGGUCUCCUGGCGGCGGCCUCGGAUUUUUCGAGCAAGGUAUUGUUAUCGGCUUGGUGCUAUUCUUCUCCCCGGUUUUAGUGGGUUUGAUUUAUUUGGGAGUGUCAAAAACCAGUACAGCCUUGAGAUCUUUACCUCAUCUCUUCUAA